AUGGCACAAUUUGCUGAUUUGGUCGAUAGAUUAGAACAAAUUAUAGGUGGAAAGACUAGUUCUCGGGAAGAAGAGGAAUUGGUGGCGCUGAUCCUGACGGGGAGCGGAAACACGUUUUGCUCGGGAUUUGAUUUGAGUGUAGCAAAGCAGCAUAUUCUAACCUCUGAGAAUGGAGCAAGAAUGAGUUCUCUAAUGCAAGACACACUAUUCCGAUUUGGUCAACUACCUCUGAUAUCCGUUGCCGCCAUCGAAGGUCAUGCGCUGGGAGGAGGUGCUGAACUUUCGACCGCAUGCGAUCAUCGGUAUACCGCAAAGGUUCGAUUUGUGCAGGUGAAGAUGGCGACUACACCCGGAUGGGGCGGCGGAGGGAGAUUGAUCAGGAUAGUAGGAGGGGUUAACGCAUUGAGAAUCAUGGGGGCUACUGUGCUAUUGACCGGACAACAUGCGUUGGAUAUAGGAUUUGCUGACGCCCUAGCCGAAAAUGGAGAGUCUGCGUUGAAUAAAUCGAAGGAGUUCUUGGAUCCCUAUGUGUAUUUUUAUGCACAUAGGGAAGGAGAGUCGGUUUCCGAGAGGAGAAGGAAUUCCGUCAGAGCGGUUCGAGGAAUCAAAUCCAUCAUCGCACGGGCUAACAAUGAUGAGGCGCAGAAGGAAUUCUUGCGAUGGGAACAUCGCUUGUUCACUAAUUAUUGGGGUCAACACGAGAAUGUUGCUGCGAUGUCUGUUAAACAACAACAAAUCAAUCUCAAGGUCUACGACAACGUCUUGAGCGGGUUCCUCCUGGUUCGACCCGUAUGGGUUGACGACGAGACCGUCAAAACCUGUAAGAGUUGUGGGACCUCUUUUACUCCUCUCCGGCGAAAGGCGCACGGUGCUAGGGGACUGUUGGACAUUGUCGAACGCAAGAAUGAACAAGAAUUGUCCAAUUUCAUCACUUAUGGAGGACUGGAUGCGCUGGUGUAUUUGUGUCGAACCUCGCAAUCGUACGAUCUACACUUCUGGGGGACGACUGCCCUGGCCAACAUUUCUGGAUAUGACUCCCUCAAGCCAUACAUCAUCAUGAAAGGUGGACUUCAGCAUUUGUAUAACCUCAUAUUGUUUUACUUUGAAAAAUUGGAAUCUCAGGAUCUUUCAAUUACCACGAGGAUUUUGGAUCACAUUUCAUCCAUAGUUCAAAAUAUAGGGAAUAUAUUAUACUGCUUAUCCACCACGGAUUCCCUAUGUCGACGGAUGUUACCUGAUGAUACCUCGUUAGACGCAAUCCUCAAAUUGUCGAGUUUUCGGAUAGGGAACAUUGUUGAUGACGAGGAGGAAGAUGAGACGCUUACGUCUUACGAGGAAAUACGACUUCGCGUGGAAUUAGCACAGGCCCUAGCAUCGAAAUCCAUCUCGAAUCUAGCUGGCAAUCAUUCUCACCAGCUCCUGAUAAUCGAGUCCCCAACAGGAAGCUUGGAUCGCCUGAUGAGCUUGUUACAAUCAAACGUUUAUGAAGUUCGAAAGUAUGCGGCCAAAUCGAUUGCAUACCUGUCCCUAAGGAAUGAUAAGUAUAAGUCAAUCUUAAUUAAGAAUGGUCGGGCCGAGAUACUCGCUUCCGUGGUCGAUGUUGAAGACGAGGAAUCGGCAAAAGCUGAUCAAGUCACCAUAUCUCACGCGUGUUGCGCGAUGGCGAAUUUGGCGACAAAUGUUGAAUCUCAGCAAUUCCUGAUCCGUCAAUCGAAUCUGUUAUCAAAUUUAUGUCGGAUGGUCAAAUACUUUAUUAAAGAUAGAGAAGUUCAACGGCACAUAGCCCGACUACUAGCAAAUUUUGCAUUAUACGACGAAAACAAAAUGCGAAUGUUGGCUUAUCAAAUAAUCUCAAUUGACGAUGACACGAGUCAAAGUGAAGAAUCCUGGGGAAGCGUCAUUUCAACACUUAUUGCCAUCGGAGAUUCACCAGUAUCAGAUGUGGAAAUUCAGCGACACAUUAUCCGUGCCCUCGAUAAUCUUUCAACAGACGUUCCGCCGAGAUCGCGUUCCAAGCUGAGUCCCUGCAUACCUUUAAUAAAUCGAAUAUUGGAAAUGGUCAAAGAUGAAGACAUCCGCAAACGAGCUACACACGUGCUGAACAAGUUAACCCCAUCCUCACCACCGGUCAGCGAUGUCGACGAUUUGUUUGAAAAACAGAAAUCUUGCAAUGGUACCGAUUCGCAAGAGUCAGAGUCUGAUUUACCCGUCCAAAAUCUAAUCAUUUUUGAUGAUUGUGACGUUCCACGGUCGGAACUAACUGACGAUGAUUCAACUUUAGUAUCGUAG